CCACGCCGCGUUACCAUGAGCUUGCCCCUGAACUCCAAGCCCUUCCUGACAGGGAAGUCGGUGAUGGUGAAGCUGAAGCUGAAGUGGGGGAUGGAGUACAAGGGCUACCUGGGGUCUGUCCACGGCUACAUGAACAUGCAGCUUGCAAAUACAGAAGAAUACAUAGAUGGUGUGUUGUCAGGACACCUUGAUGAAGUUUUGAUAAGAUGUAACAAUGUCCUGUACAUCAGAGGAGUAGAAGAAGAAGAAGAUGGAGAAAUGAGAGAAUAAGUUUCUAUAUUUCUGGAAAAUAAAGAUCAGUUUUUCAC